AUGAGGAUCCAUCAUCUGUCUACCGUGCUGUUCCUCGUUCCUACCCUCGCCCUCACGGUCGUCAGUCCGACCCCCGUCCAGCACAAAUCCACAGACACCAAGCCAACAAUCCUACCAUCGGGUCCCUCUGGGUUGGCAUCCCCCAAGGCCCUGCCGAGAGGGACGCUGGACGCCCCCGUCGACGACAAGGAUGGCAAGCCGCACGCCGGGCCCUGGGUGGAGACGAACGCAGACCGAGAUCGCAAGAAGGUCAUGGAGGCCAGUCCUGACGGACACGACAAGUUCGAGAGCACCGUGACGUCGCUGGACCAUCUCGGCUCGGAUGGCAAGCCGAUCCCUCAUUCCAACGAUGGUGUCAUGGACGAUCCGUACCGGUUGGGGCCCAAGGAAGGCACUCGGGGCACAGAAGGCGGGGUGUCGGGCAAGCUCAAGGAUGGCAUUGCCUCAACGGAGAAGACACCAGAUGGCCCCAAGGAGGCGCCUCCACUGCCGCAUAGCGAGCAGCAGAAGAUCCCAACGACAGAGGACGGCAUAGCUGCGGCCAAGGAAUUGAAGGCUGCCGAUGGCUUGCUUGAGAAACCGAACGAUCUACCGGAGAAACCUCACGAUAUCGCCCCCCCCAAAGCACCUGGCUCGGUGAAUAGUGACCCGCUUGGGAUGAAGGAUUCGGCGUCGUCGAAGAGUGCAGAGCUGCCGGGCGAGGCAGACGGCACUGUGGGUAGCUCAUUCCACUCGCUCGUCUUCUCUUUCACCAUGAUCAUCGUCUCCGAGAUCGGGGACAAGACCUUCCUCGUGGCCGCCCUGAUGGCCAUGCGGCACCCGCGUCUGGUGGUCUUCUCGUCCGCGUUCUGCGCCCUCAUCACCAUGACCGUGCUCUCUGCCGUGCUCGGCCACGCCGUCCCGACCCUGAUCCCCAAGCAGUUCACCAAGUUCCUGGCGGCCGUCCUGUUCCUGGUCUUCGGCGUCCGCAUGGUCAAGGAGGGCCGCGAGAUGUCCCCCGACGAGGGUGUCGGCGAGGAGAUGAAGGAGGUGGAGAUGGAACUCGAGGAGAAAGAGCAGCAGCAGAUGCGCAUGAACCGGCGCCGCUCCUCCGUCACGCCGCACAACCUGGAAGCCGGCCGCGCCGGCCGCCGCAAGUCCCGCUCGUCGACCAACCGUCUCCCCUCGCCUCCGGAGAGCCUCUCGUCCUCCUCCUCCUCCUCCUCCUCCCCCUCGCGCGGAUCCUCGCCCACCGCCCGCGGCCGCCUCAACGACGCCCUGAUCGGCAUGAACAACCUGUUCUCCCUGCUCCUCAGCCCGGCCUGGGUCCAAACCUUUGUCAUGACUUUCCUCGGCGAAUGGGGCGACCGUAGCCAGAUCGCCACCAUCGCCAUGGCCGCCGGCCAGGACUACUGGUGGGUCACCAUCGGCGCCAUCAGUGGCCAUGGAAUCUGCACAGCGGCUGCCGUCAUUGGCGGCCGCGCUAUCGCUGGCCGAGUCAGCAUGCGUGUUGUCACCCUUGGCGGCGCCACCGCUUUCCUCAUCUUCGGCAUCAUCUACUUGAUCGAAGCCAUCUUCUGA